AUGUCCCUAUCAUUAUUAUUAUUAUUAAUCAUUUAUGUACCAAAUGUUCAAAGUCAAGCUGAUAUUCGGCAAGUUGAAAAACAGAUAUUGGAUCAAAUUAUUGGUCAAGGUUAUGAUACAAAAAAUGGUCAACGUUAUGAUUCAAGGAUUCGUCCAUCCGGUACUAAUCAAACAUUGACUAAAGAUGGACCUGCCAAUGUAACAAUCAAUAUAUUGAUUAGAUCCAUUUCAAGUAUCGAUGAUGUAACAAUGGAAUAUGCCUGUCAAGUAACAUUCCGUCAACAAUGGAACGAUAAUCGUCUUAAAUUUGAUGAUAAAAAUGGUCAAAUAAAAUAUCUAGUACUUACAGAUCCGGAACGUAUUUGGAAACCAGAUCUUUUUUUUAAGAAUGAAAAAAAAGGACAUUUCCAUGAGAUUAUUAUGCCCAAUAUAUUGCUUCGUAUUUAUCCAAAUGGAGAUAUUUUAUAUUCAAUACGUUUAUCAUUAACAUUAGCAUGUCCAAUGGAUCUUAAAUAUUAUCCAUUAGAUAGACAAACUUGUUCAAUUGCAAUGGCUAGCUAUGCAUAUAGUACCGAAGAUUUGGUAUUCACAUGGAAAGAAAAGAAUCCAGUACAAGUAUCUGGCGAUAUAAAUCUUCCACGUUUUACAUUGAAAGAUUAUACUACAAAAUAUUGUACUUCAAGAACAAAUACUGGCGAAUAUAGUUGUCUUCAAGUGAAUCUAUUAUUUAAACGUGAAUUCAGUUAUUAUUUAAUUCAAAUUUAUAUACCAUGUGCAAUGUUAAUAUUUGUAUCAUGGGUAUCAUUUUGGUUGGAUCCAAAUGCAACGGUUGCACGUGUAUCAUUAGGUGUUACAACAUUAUUAUCGAUGGCCACACAGAUAAGCGGUAUAAAUGCCAGUCAACCACCUGUUAGCUAUACAAAAGCAAUCGAUGUUUGGACCGGUGUUUGUUUAACAUUUGUAUUUGGUGCAUUAUUGGAAUUUGCAUUAGUUAAUUAUGCAUCACGUAGUGAUGUACAUCAUGCAGCAGCUAAACAACAAAGACAACGUCUUGCCAAAUGGAAUAUGGAACAGGCAUUAUUAGAGGGUAAUAAUAUUGAAUUAGCUUCAUAUGGAUUGCGUCCAGGAUGUGAAAUACAUAUGGCACCACCAAGACGUAAAAAUUGGUGUAAACGAUGGCUAUCAAAAUUUCCAACACGUUCCAAACGUAUUGAUGUUGUAUCACGAAUAUUUUUUCCAUUCAUGUUUGCCCUUUUCAAUUGUGUCUAUUGGAUUACCUAUAUGUUUCGUGAUGAUUUGCAAUGAAACAACACACAAAAAAUUUCGGAUCUGAAACAAAAAGAAGAAGAAGAAGAAGAAAAAAAACGGGAAAUUUUUCA